CGAGCCGUGGAGACCGCCCUGGUGGAGCUCUGGCGCGGCUUCCCCGUGUUCCGCCCGCCGGGGGGUGCCGAGCGCGACGGCGGCAGCGCGGCGUCGGCUCCGCCGGCCCCGCGCUGGCGGCUUCGUGGCAGGUGGUGCAGGCACCAGUGGCCCGACGGCUCCGAGUGCGGGCUCUACGCCUGGGCGGACUCGGAGGAGGUGCUCUGGUCGAGGCGCCUCCGCCGCAUGCUGCGCAGCGCGGCCCCGGCCCUCGACGGCCGCGAGUUUGCGCGCCGCUGGGCGCGGGCGGCCGAGGAGCCCCACCGGCUGGCCACGCAGGCGGCGCACGCGGCCGUGGCGGAGCAGAGCCGCAGGAUCUUCUGCGGCGCCACCCGCUCCGCGGCCGAGGCGGGGGCCAGGCAGUGGCCGAAGCUGCAGGCCAGGGACGAGAAGGUCAUGCGAGACGCCAACCUCGCGACCCUGCGGCCACUGUGGGAGCCGCUGCGGCGCUUGCGGGCGUCCCACGCCAGGACGGUCGCUUGGCAGGAGCGCCGCAGGCUGGGCUCCCUCUCGGCGGCGCCUCCGCCGCAGGUGCUGCUGCCGGAGUCGAGCCCGUUUUCGGUGUUCGCGGCCAGGUUCCUGCACCAGGAGAUCGGCCUGUCCAUCCCGCUGGAGAUGCUCGUGAGUUUCUUCAAGAGUGCCGGCAGCGCCAGCCACGAGGGCGAUGCGCUGCCCGCUGCCGUGAGGCCCGGCCUGCAGCUGCCAGUCAAAGUCUCCGUUUCCAUCGGGGAGCUCACGGUGGAGUGCACUCUCGAGAGCGUCGCCAGUCUAGAGGAGCAGCAGAUAUCCUUCGUGUCCGCGGGCGGCUCCGUGAAGAGGUGCUCCUCGAUGGCAGAGGCCCUCAGGCUGAUUGUGCAGGAGCGCGGGCGGCACGGCCGCGCCAGGGAGAUGUUUCUUCCCAAGGUCGUGUCGGACGCAAUGAGCCAGCAGCACGGUGCUUGGACCCUGUUCCGCUACCAGCACGGGAAGAAGACCAGCCAGCUUCGUAAGCUCGUCAACGAGGAGACACAUUCACUCAAGCGCGGGGUGCCGCUCUUCGUCAAUCCUCCUGGCAUGGAGCCGUGCCCCGUCCUGCCGGCCAUCGAGGACCUCUCAGCGAGCGCGAGGUUGGCCAGGGACCGCGAGGAGUUCCGCAGGGCGCUGUCGGUGGGGCAGUGGGUGAGCUGCAAGCAGGAGGGCAAGGAUGGGGUCCCGGGGCGGCUCCUUAACGCGGUGAUCACCGGCCUGGACGCAGGCGAGAACAGCUCUGGCAGGCCAACCCAUGUCGAUCUGCAGUGGGCCGGCGGCGGUGUGGAGCGGGAAGUGCCGGUGAGCAGGCUGAAGAAGCCUACGGUCUGGGAGCAGGGUGGCUUCUGCGGCUACUUCGACCGGGGCAGGUGGCUCUGCUGCCAGGUGGAGCAAGUGCACAGGCCCUCGGGAGCGGACCCCCUGGACUACGGCCAGCUGCGGUUCGAGAUCACGCUGGAGGAUGGUCGUCGGUUGACGG